UGACAGGAAAUUGCCACAUCUGCCACAUUUCUGCUUUGACUUGCCAAGAUACUACGUCUAGUAUGUUCACUUCUAAAGCUCAUAAUGUCGUGAUGUCACUUCUCUCCUGUCAGCCCACUCUGACUUCAGAGUGGGAAAAGGGAGUGGCAAGAUGAAUGGAUGCUAGAGGAAAGGCAUGGGGAAGGGUUAGGAGAUCUUCCCUGGAAGAGAUGGAAAAGAGACCUGAAAGUGGAGAGAUUCCAGGCAAGCCAGUUGAGUCAAAUUCAGAUGAUAACAGCGGUAACGCAGGCUCAGCGAAAGAGAGAGCUGUAUCGUCGCCUCACAGGGACUUGGGAAAUGCACAGCUCAAUUCUAGCAGAGAGGAACCCAGGAAAAAACUCUGUGGCUAUUUAAAUAAACUUGGGGUCAAGGGGCCAAUCAAGGCCUGGAAGUCUCGUUGGUUCUUUUAUGAUGAAAAUAAAUGUCACUUGCUGUACUGCAGGACAGCUCAAGAUGUUAACCCUUUGGGGAGCAUUGAUCUCUCCAGCGCUGGUUUUGAUUGCAAGGUGGAAGCAGACGAAGGGGUUUUUGAAAUCAGAACUCCAAGCAGAGUGUUUAUCCUUAAGGCAGUCAGCAGAGAGGCCAGGAUGUACUGGCUGCAGCAGCUGCAGAUGAAGCGUUGGGCGUUUUGCAAUACCCAGACUGGGCUUCCUGUGGACAGCGUCACCCUGGCAGCCCUGCCUGCGAAUGAAACCAUGCCCACUGAAGGCGAGGGGUUCUUGCCCCCUGUGAAAACCCCUACAGAUGUGGUAGGUUUAAAGGCAGCCUCUCUGCCCGCUCCCCAGCUGUCUGCUGCCCUCCAGAACAUCUCCCUCAAACACCCUUGGACUGAAAUACAAAAUACAAUCUACAAUAUCUGUGGCACCAGGCAGCUCCCGGGGAAUGGCAGAAGCAUCUCGGGUGUUGAGGGAUUCCCGGAGCACCCUGGGACUCCGGCAGAAGAACAAGAGGUGGAAGGGGAGGCAGAAUGUCCAGCCAGGGAGCAGGCCCGAGAGGACACACGGGCUGGGCUCAGGUCAUACUGGCCUAGGAAAGCGAAGUGGCUGACCAACAGUUUCCCUGCCUUCACUGAAGGGUUGGCACGUGAGAGAAGCUCCCCUGACAAUGUGGCUGUUCUGCAGCAGCAGGUCCUCACGCUGACAGAGGAACUCAAGUCUCAGAAGGAGCUGGUUCAGCUUCUUCACAAGGCUCUGGAGGCUGCGCAGCAGGAGAAGAGAGCAUCCAGCAUGUACCUGACAGCUGCAGGAGACAGAGACCGGCUGGAGCUGGUGCGGCACAAAGUGAGGCAAAUCAUGGAGCUCAGCAAUCGGGUGGAAGUCCUGGAGAGCGACAGGAGGGAGCUGGAGCAGAGUCUGGCUCUGAGGGACAGCCGUGUGGAGGAGCUGCAGAAGCAUGUGCAGCUCCUGAUGGACAAGAACCAUGCCAAGCAGCAAGUCAUCCUGAAGCUCACGGAGCAGAUUGCCCUGGAUCUCUCUGAGCCGGAGCAAGAGGCUGAUGCUGUUGCCGCGGAUACCUUGUAUAAGCAGCAGGAGGAGAUGGAGCAUUUGAAGGAUGACCUAGAUGCCUACAGAACUCAGAACCAGUUCCUCAACUCAGAGAUCCACCAGGUCACGAAGCUCUGGAGAAGCGUUGCCGAGAAGGAAAAAUUCCUGCUGAUGAAGUGUGCCCGCCUGCAAGCCCGCAGCUGCCAGGUGGAGAGCAAAUACCUGAUGAUGCUGCGGAAGCUGCAGGAGGCCUCCCCUGACCUGGCCAGCGGUGAGGCAGAGCUGGUGAAGAGUCUGAUCCAGGAGGCGCUGCAGUGGGAUGUGAAGGAGGAAGCAGCGGAGACUCUUCAGCUGAACCCUGUCAGAGAGUAUGAUGACUACGGGUUUAUGACCAUUCCCAAAUACGAAGUUGAGGACUGGAAGCUUCUGGCUAAAAUCCAAGCCCUAGAGAUCAAAUCCAGCAACCUGCUGAGCCACACAGCGGUAGAGAAGCCUCUUGGUGAGAGAUGGGCCAGCAUGGCUGAGUUGAGCCCCUCUACAGAGCUGAAAGGCUUGAUCCGUUGCGGCAUCCCUGUAGAGCACCGCCAAAGGGUCUGGAAAUGGAUAGUGACCCAGCGCCUGUCCCACCACCACGCCACCAACCACUUCGAGAGCCUGCUGCGGCAGUGUGAGCGCACGGAGCACCCCGCCUCCCGGCAGAUCGAGCUGGACCUGCCCCGUACCCUGACCAACAACAGGCAUUUCAUAUCUCCCACCUCCCAGCUGGUCCCCAAGCUCCGAAGGGUGCUGCUGGCCUUCUCCUGGCAGAAUCCUGCCAUCGGCUACUGCCAGGGGCUAAACAGGUUGGCGGCCAUUGCUCUUCUGGUCCUAGAAGAGGAGGAAAGCGCAUUCUGGUGCCUGGUUCACAUUGUGGAAAACCUGAUGCCGGCAGAUUACUACAGCAACACGUUAAUAGCAUCACAGGUGGAUCAAAGAGUCUUUAAAGACUUCUUGUCAGAAAAGCUCCCCAGGCUUACAGCUCACUUUGAGCAGCACAGAAUUGACGUCUCACUGAUCACCUUCAACUGGUUCCUGGUGGCAUUUGUAGACAGCCUGGUCAGCGACAUCCUCCUCCGGGUCUGGGACGCCUUCCUGUACGAAGGAACAAAGGUGAUUUUCCGCUAUGCUCUUGCCAUCUUUAAGUAUAACGAAGAGGAAAUUCUGCGGAUCCGUGACAGCCUGGAGAUUUACCAGUACCUUCGCUUUUUCACCCACAUGAUUGGAGAUGGCAGGAAGCUGAUGAGCAUCGCUUUCAAUGACAUGAAUCCCUUCCCAAUGAAGGUGCUGCGGAACCGGCGAGCAACACACCGGGAGGAGCUGGAGGCGGAGCUGAGUGAACUGGAGUGGAUCAAGGUGCAGUACAUGAAAGAGCAAGCAGAGCAGGUGACCUGGCACCUGGAUGGAGCCGUUAGUGAAGAGGAUGAGGAGAUGUAGCCAGAGAAGUGGCUGCUGUCCUGCGCCUGCAUCCCUGGCCCUGGAGCUCUGCAACAGCAUCACUCUCCUUUCUAAGAGAGGUGGACAAUCCUGAGGCCAGCAGGGCCAGCGCAGAGGAUAGGCACAGCGUUUUGGAGGCACUCAGCUGGGAGGACUGUGUCCUGCCCAGACCUCCUGGCUCACUGUCCACUCAGCACACAGCUGUGGGCUCAGGGCCAACACAGGUCCUGUCUCUCUCUCUCUGAACCAUCCUGUCCAUUCCUCCCCACCAUCCUGCUGCAGCCGCACUAAACGAGGUGCCCAGCCUAUGGCCCGCAGGCUGUACACAGCCCACCAGAGCACUUCAUAAGGCCCACAGCCUGCCUCAACACAAUAUACUAACAGCCAAUUCAUUAGCGUUUUGUCGUCAUGUUUAUAUCAGUUUAGUUUAAUUGUGAGUUCUGUACGGGGUUUUUUUUUUCUAUAAUUCUUAUUCACAUUUUAUGCACUGAUUUCUUUAUUUUUUUUUAAAUAGACAAUACUGUAGGUACUAACCUAUCUAAACACCUACAAAACAGACUCUGUUUGGCCCACUCCAGGUUGUGCUUAGGUUCAUGUGGCCCUUCUGUGUAAUAAGGUUGGAAAAGCGAGUGUCACAGGAUGCUUGUUGAUUGAUCACAGGUGACUUCAAUUGUGUGCACCGUAUCGGAGGCUGACAAGGCACAUGUGAUCCAGAAAGCCUUCUGAUGUCUUUGAGUGUGCUCUGCUGGCAAUGUGAAGGGGGUGUGUGUAUAAUCAUAGCAAGUAUUAAGACAAAAGCACUUGUUGAGAGUUAGUGUGUGAAGCCCCUGAGUUAGUGAAGGAGAGAGACCUGAUGGAACUCUUGAAGCUACCAUGACAUCUUUCUGCAGCUCCAGUAACUCCUCACUUAACAUCGUCCCGGUUAACAUUGUUAUGUUGCUGAUCAAUUAGGAAACUGCUCUUUUAAAGUUGCCCAGUGCUCCCUUAUGACGUUGUUUGGUAGCCACCUGCUUUGUCCACUGCUUGCAGGAAGAGCAGCCCCUUAGAGCUAGCUGGUGGGGGCUUGGA